AUACUCAUGAUGUUGGCGAUGGGUGGUUAUGCCGCUCCGGAUACACAUGUGCGGUUGUUCAGCGCAGUGCGCUCGGAUGGAUGCGGCACACGGAAUGCGUUUUCAGUGUUGUCUCGGAUGCAGCGUCGUGCGGAAGCAAGUUUUCCCGGUGAGCAGUAACGGUGUGUUGUGCUAUGGCAGUUGGUGAGCACCGAACCCUGGUAGGGACCGCUGCUUGUACGUAACGCCCGAUAGUGAUCAAGCAAUUGGGAGCAAAUCAAAUUAUCGAUAGCAUCGGAAAAAAACGGAAAACGGAACACGGGUCUGUUCCUGUUUGCGGAGGUUGGUCCUAUAAAAAAUGGAUAAAAUAAUGAUUUAGUGGAAAGGAACGUGAAUCAUAUCCGAUAUACGGAAUGUGUUUUUUUUAGUUGUGGCCAAUAAAGUCAACGAAACAGUGCAAGAAACGAGACAUAUUUGAGUGAUCGUGCUUUUUGGUGUGUAGUUUGUGAUUAAAAGGUACAACGGUUAAGAUAAUUUGACAAAUAAUUUUAAAACAAUCAGUACGAGGCGAUAAUACAUCUAAUCGCUGUGAGAGUGUAAAAUAAAUACUUACCUAUUCGUAAAGUUGUAAAAAUUGUUCAGUAAAAUAUAUUAAUAUCCUAAAAAGUUAAAAGCAUAAUUAUUUGCGUAACAGUAACCUAUCAACAAACGCGAUCGUAAUCGUGUUAACAGUGAUCUGCAGUGGAGAUUCACGAGUGUGAGUGAUUCAAGAGCCGAUUAUUUGACAAACCAGUGAAUAAGGUUAGCGGGCAUUGGUCCAGUCGCACAAGGAUGGCCCCCUUUGAUAGUGCGGGGGCCUUCCUGAUGAUGGCCAUCUUGUUGCCGGUGAAGUUGCUGCUGGUUGGACUGUUGGCUCACGGUGUUGUAGGCAGUCCUGGUCCUUCGUCCAAUACGGGAAUGGUAGCGAAUGCGGUGUUGGAAGAUCCGGAGUUUACAGAUGUUAUAGAAAACAUAACCGUGCCAGCAGGACGGAACGUAAAAUUGGCUUGUUCGGUGAAAAAUCUGGGAUCCUACAAGGUAGCAUGGAUGCACUUCGAACAGUCGGCCAUACUGACGGUGCAUAAUCACGUCAUCACGCGAAAUCCGCGCAUCAGCGUUACCCACGACAAGCACGACAAGCACAAAACGUGGUUCCUGCACAUCACCAACGUGCAGGAGGAGGACAAGGGCCGAUACAUGUGUCAAAUCAAUACGGUGACGGCAAAAACGCAGUUCGGCUAUCUUCAUGUUGUGGUGCCUCCAAAUAUCGAUGACUCGGUUUCGUCCAGUGACGUGAUCGUGCGUGAAGGUGCCAACGUUACGUUACGCUGCAAAGCAACCGGAAGUCCACCGCCAUCAAUAAAGUGGAAGCGUGAUGACAACACCAAAAUUGCCAUCACUCGGAAUAACAGUGUUCUCGAAUGGGAAGGAGAUGUACUUACGCUGUCACGUGUGUCACGGUACGAUAUGGGAGCGUACCUCUGCAUAGCAACGAAUGGUGUCCCGCCAAGCGUUUCGAAGCGUAUUAAAGUCAGUGUUGAUUUUCCACCAAUGCUCUGGAUACCUCAUCAACUGGUUGGCAUCCCGGUUGGAUACAACGUGACAUUAGAAUGUAAUAUAGAAGCCCAUCCUACCUCACUUAAUUACUGGACGCGAGAAAACGAUCAAAUGAUACACGACUCACAGAAGUACAAAACUGAAACUGUCCCUGGUAAUCCUUCAUAUAAAUCGGUGAUGCGAUUACACAUAGGGGAAGUGCAGCACAGUGACUAUGGCAUCUAUAAAUGCAUCGCCAAAAACCCUCGUGGAGAAACGGAUGGCAGCAUCAGAUUGUACUCAUCCAGCCCACCAACUACGAUACCACCAUCAACGACAGAAAGUAUCACGACCACCGUUCCAUCAACUCGUGUUUACGAAUCACCGUACGGUUUGUCUACGAUGUCUGUCAACCACUUUGACAAAGGCAUCCGCUACCAAUCGGACUACAAUCAGGUGGAUCGCUCGGAGCACAAAUCCAGCGACACGAGUCCCAACCGUGACAGGUCGGUGGAUGAAUCGAAUGAAAUAAACGGAGCCACCAAAUCAUUCAUCCGAUGGACAACCGUUUUUGCGCUAAUGUUGCACAUAUUUCUCCCGUUAAACCAGUGACGGUGACUUUCAUCAUACAGUUCCGUUGAACGUUCUGUGCAGUGAGAACACUUUGUUAAGAUGUUGUUUACGUUGCGUCCUGCAAAGGAGUGGAGAGGGUUUUUUUAUCAUUGUCUCAUGUAUUACGUGCAAUAUGCCAUUUCGAAGCAACACUGCAAAAUAUAUUCCAGAGCAGUUUGCAUAAAGUUAAGAUUGAUGCACUUUUUGUUUUAAAAUGGUCUCAAUUCGUUUCCCCCACCCAAGUUACUACCGUAGUUAAGUUUAAAAACGAUUGCUAAAACGCAUUCGUGGUUGUGUUGUAUCCUUACACGCGUGAGUUUGUAUUCAAAUACGAGUGAGCUGUCGUAGUCAAAGUAAAACAGGAGUGCAAAAUGAGCUUUUUAAGCUCGUACGUAGCAAACAUUUGAAUUGGUGCUACAUUAGAAAGCUUCGGAAAGGUAGAAGCAAGUGCAGUUUGAAAGAAGCAAAAAUCAACCAACCACACAAACAUAAAUACACACAAAUGCAGGCACAAAUCGUUGGAUAGUAUGUACAUUAAAUAUGCCUUAAUCUAGAAAAGGGAAUAGAGAAUUUGCAGCAGGUACUGGAGGUUUAUUCUACUGAAGCAACACACACACACACACACACACACACACACACACACACACACACACACACACUGGCAGCACCGAACAAUCUGUAUGUAAUGUAAAUCUGUAACAAGCAUAAGCAUUCGCAGCACAAUAUAAACUGUAACCUUUUCCUUCUGCUGUAAGUGAGUUGUUUCUUGACAGGAAUUGUUUAUAUCGUUGCCGAUACCACAUUACUGUGCUACACUUUUGUCUUGCCAUACGUUACUGCACUUUUAUUGAGUCUCAGGGGAGCGCCGCUGGGCAAAGGCAGCAAAUUUAACAGUCGUCAAAUGAAAUUGUCUUUUUAUCAUAUGAUCAAUCGCCCCAUUUCUCAGCUGUUUUGUUUGGUGAGGGCUGUAGCACCCUAGGGCAGGAAGGGUGGGAAUAAAUUCCCAUCAUUGUACAACGAUCGAAUUUAUGCGGUACGCGUGGAGCUGUACUAGCAUACCCAUUUACGGUUUUGUUUUACGAGUGCCAUCGGUGACUCGAGAAGCUUUGGCAGGCAAAGAGUUGAAGUAGUCUGCCUCAACUGUUACGGAAGAUGUGGCUGUUUCGUUUGUAGUAUUAUUGCAUACUUUCGUUGAUAUUGAUGUUAACCAAGUGAGUAUUAUUAACAAAAACCACUGAUAAAAUGCAGGUAAUGAAAGCUGUUUGCUAAUAGAGGUCGGAUGAAAUUUAAACACAUCAAUUACGAUACGUGGUUUCGGGGGGAGGUUGGAUGUAGUCGUAAAUCAAUCAAACUAAUAUUAAGCUACUCUUUACAGCAUUUCAGUUGAAACUGUAUUGAAUGCAGCAUGUAAUAAGCAAGUAGCAAACAUACAUACAUACAUACAUUCAAAAGCCUUGUGCCGAUGAUGCCGAUGAAUGAAUGUUAAUCAAAGACAAAGUGUAUUGUUGUAUAAUAUUGGAAAUCAAAAUCUAAAUGCUUAUCCACUAACGUACUACGCAGGAUAAUAAAGAAGGAGAACAUGAAGGAAUCAUUGCGCAGAUUUUCAUGGAAAACAAACACGGAAACAAAAUAGCAAAAGUGUAAAUGCAGCCGUAUCUAAGUAAAUCUUUGUCCCGCGGUACGAACAAAAGUGAACAUAAUUAAGCAAACUAGUUCAAAUCGUUUGAAAAUGAAAACAAUGCAUGCAAAAUCAAACAAUAAAUCAAACUUUUCCAAAGAAACAACUCAUCACCGCAGCGAGCUAACUAACCAACGAACGAAGUUAAGAACAAAACCAACACAGCAAAAGAAGAAAUUCCAAAUUCCGGUGUAUGGUUACCGAUUUACAUUGUAGGCUAAAAGAUUAGUUUCUUAUUAGUACCAUUCAGAAGAGCUCCCUUCCCCUCCCGUAAAACAUUAAAUGAAAUAACACGAAUGAAUGACGCAGCGCACAUAUACUAAAGCGACAGCGAAUACAAAAAUUUACUCGUAUUAACUCCGUAGGUGCAUCGUGUGUAUGCAAUAAGUUAAGCAACAUGAAACAAAAUCAAAUUCACACUUGAAAACUAACCGUGCUAGCAGGCAUCAACACUAGAACAUUGCAAAGUAUUGUUUCAUAGCUAGAUGAAAAUUGUGUGCAGUAAAAACAAAAACGAAAACACGACAAAAUCGUUAUCAGAGAAUGAAAUUUCAAACGCUCACUGGACAACGGUGAAAGCUAGAACAACGGAGGGUCGGAACAAUGCUGGUCAGUAAAAUGUAACAGAACUGAAAUAUAUAUUUUUUGCUUUACAAAAGCGGCAAAAGUU